GAAAUGAAUUAUCCUGAUUUUGUUGAGCAAUAUGAAUCAUGUUUUCAUGUGAAGUCUUUGAAGAAAAUAUUGUGUGGUUUUGACAACCAAAAUGACAUUGAUGCUACUCAGUUUGCCAUUAGUGAAGUUGUUCAACGCAGCACUGAUCAGCUGCCACUGACCGUUCAUUCAGUAUCAGGAUCCCCUUCCCUCUUAUGUGUCGUUCUGGAGAGCAGUUUUGGAGUUGUAUGUUGGGAGCGAAGUGAGUUACAAUGUUGUUUGUGUUCUGGUAUUUUAUCUGCUUCGUGUGAACAUGUGAAGGAAGUGAGCAAGCUCUUGGAAGAUGAUGAUGAAAUGCCUGAUUUUGUUGAAUUGUUCAAUGAGUGCAGGGAUGAUCAUGUGGGUGUAUGUGCAAAGGCUUCGUGGUAUUUGCGUUCCAAAUCAUAUAUGGCUAUACCAUUUGUUUUACCGAAGCAGCUUAAACAGGUAAUGUUUGAAACGUCAGAAUGCCAAAUCCUUAUGGACGAUGGAGGAGCACGUUUAACCCCUACUUUACCGGACGUCAAUAGUAAAUUUACUGCCUGUCCAUCGUGCGGUUCGGCGUGGCGAGCAGACUCACCAAUUGCCUAUGAGUGGUUAUCUGAAACCUGCAACCUUAUUUUAAGAAGGUUCAUUCUGAAAUGCUUUGUGUAUUACCGCCCCUGUUCCAACACUUUGUGUGGCCAACGUCUUGAAUACGAUGGCAGUGAUGUUGCCCUUUUGAACAUGGCUGGAGCUGUGGCAACCACAACAGUGAACGAAGAAGAUAGCGCUCACGUCAGGACUACUGACAACGAUACAGUGUCAAGCUCUCUAAUCCCGUCAACAUCUGCUGCUGUUACUCCGUUGACUCCUUCAGUAUGUGUUGUUCAGCCGCCGCAAGUGGGAGUUCGUCCAGUUGAUCUAGACUCUGCAGAACUUUAG